AUGGUGAGAACAUAUGUUGAUGGUCAUAAUCAUGCAAACAGUGGUAGAGCUAGAAUGUUGAAACAGGACGUGAUUGGAAGAUUAUUCAGAGAUGAAGCAAAAAGAAGGCCGACUUUGAGAUGGACAGACAUUAAGGAUGAGAUCUACAUGAGGUACAUAAUUUCUGUGUCUAAGUGGAUAUGUCAGAAAGCAAGGAGGAUUGCGUUUAAUUUGGUGAUGGAAACUCAGAGGCAACAGUUUGCAAAACUGUGGGAUUAUGAAUAUGAGCUUCAGAGGUCUAAUGAGGGCACCACCACUGAGAUUGUCACCAUUCCUCAAGCAAAUGGCAAGCAACAGUUUGAUAAAUUCUAUAUUUGUUUUGAGCCGUUACGAAGAACUUGGAAGAGUUGUUGUCGGCCGAUAAUUGGACUGGAUGGAGCUUUUUUGAAAUGGGAAAUGAAGGGUGAGAUUCUCGCAGCUGUAGGUAGGGAUGCAGACAACCAAAUUUAUCCUAUUGCUUGGACAAUAGUUAGAGUGGAAGAUACUGAUUCAUGGACUUGGUGCGUUGAGAAGCUGAAGAAGGAUUUGCUUUUGGAGUUAGGGGAUGGGCUUACUAUUAUGUCUGAUAAGCAGAAGGGUUUGGUCAAUGCUGUUGGUGCGUUGCUUCCAAAAGCGGAACAUAGGCAUUGUGCUCGACACAUAUUUGCCAACUGGAGGAAGACACAUGGUGAUUAUGUUCAUGAAGGUUUCUUCUGGGCUAUUGCAUACAGUGGAACAGAAGGUGACUACAUGUAUAACAUUGUAGCUUUGAGAAAAUAUGAUCCACUUGCUUGUGAGGAUUUGCUGAAAACAGAUCCUAAGACAUGGUGCAGAUCCUUCUUCAGUUAUCACUCUAGCUGUGAGGAUGUUUGCAACAACCUUUAUGAGAGUUUCAACAGGACAAUUAAAGAUGCUAGGAAGUUGCCGGUGUUAAACAUGCUCGAGGAAGUCAGAAGAAUAGCAAUGAAGCGUAAUAGUAAGCUAGCUGCAAAGACACAAAAAUGCAAAGGUCGGUUCCACCCAAAGGUAUUGCUAAUACUAGAGGCAAAUCGUAGAUCUUCCAAGUUUUCUUCAUUCCUCAAAAGUGGUGAGCACAAAUACGAGGUCUUAGAGGGAAGUGGUAGUUACUGUGUCAAUCUCCUCCGUAGAGAAUGUGCUUGCAACCAGUGA